UGGCAGCCUCCACGGCUAUGAGAACUCGGCCCAGAAGGAUACUUCGACGUCCUGGACAGUUUAACCAGCCGAAUUUUGCCUGUUAUAGUAGCGUUCUCCAUCGCGAUACUCGAACGCUUCGAGGCCACGUCUCGAAUGGAACGACGUGUCCUUCUAAUCGUAACACAUUCUAAUAAUUUUACCACCUGCGACCAAGAGGAUUUCAACCAGUUGAGCCAGUGGUUCGUGAAACAAGAGGUCAAGUACGAGUUGCCACAGUCUCUUUACCAAUACGUAGCCAGCAAUUACUCGCCGAAAUCGGAGGAGAGGAGGAAAUCGUCGAAGAGCGUCGUCUGCGAGGAGUGCGGCAAAAGCUUUUCUCGGCCCGACAGUCUUCGAAGACACGAGAAAAGCUAUUGCAAGGUCAAGGGUGACAGAAUGUAUUGCCGUUUCUGCGGCAAAAAAUUCGCGAAGCUGGCCUUUCUGAACGACCACGUGAAAUCGGUGCACUCGAUUCUUUUUUCGGAGUCGGACACGCAAUAAGCUCGUAGGCAACGGUCGUCACGAGCAGAGAAGAGACUUCGACUCUUUCCUCUCCUUUGUAGGAUUCAUUCAAGAUUCAGUUUCUUGGGUUAUGUAUAUAGUUACCUUUUUUCAUGAAAAAGAUCGUCCGAUUCCCGCGUGUGCAAUCUUGCUACUUUUGUAAAUCGCGAAAUUUGUAUCAGAGAAUUAAUCGCGGGCCCAGUGUAUCAAUCUCCUGUAAUAAUUUUCGUAAUGAACUUUGUAAGGAGAUCUUUAACUUUUCAUCAUUCUAAGUGUACAUUAAUCUUCAUCGGGCGAUAAAUAUAUGGCUUGCAGAGCAUAUGUUGCAAAUGUAUUAUACUUGAGCGUGCAAACUAAGGAUGAUUUCAUCGGAUCGCAAUAACGCAAUUUCUUCGAACGAACGUAAUUGAAUAAAACCACUCUCGAAACGAUGUUUUCUAAUCUCUUUUAUUCGUUCUGAAAUGCAGUCUGUCUAACAAAAGCGUGACCAUUCGAAGUUUAGCUCCAAAGUAAUUAGACUUUUAGUGUAUUUUACAACACAACGAUGUAAAAUAAAAAAUGUCACGUAUUCAAAAUUGAUGCGUGAAGAAGUGCUACGAAUACUUUCGCAUCGUUGCAACAUUGCGAAUCAUAACGAGCAGCUAAGCUUCAAACGAAUCCGUACAAUAAUUUUCGAAGCGUAGCGACGAGUAGUUAUUGAAUUACGCUGGUCUCAUCUUAUUAGACAGACUGUAAUCGCGAUCCCAAACUUCUAACAAGAUUUCCCACGGAAAACAAGAUGAACGUAAGGUAACUCGGCUACGUCGAAAGAUGCAUGCUUCCUCGCUGUUGGCUGAACUUCGUAACGCAUAAUUUUGCACGCGGAUCCUCCGCUGGAUUUCCUUUUUU